AUGUUAGUUGUUGCAGCAGACUUGUGUUGUUGGCUGCAGGCUGCGUUGUUGCAGCAGGCGUGUUGUCGCCAGGCAGGCGUGUUGUCGGCGAGAAACGGUGUUGUUGGGCAAGUCAGUCGUGUUUUACUGCAUACGGUGUGCAGCAGACCGUGUGUGUUGCGACGUGUUGUUUGCAGCAAAGCGGUUGUUAACAGCAGACGUAGUUGUCGCAGCACACUGUUGUUGCAGCCGGUGUUGUUGCAGCAGACGUGUUGUAUGCAGACGUGUUGUUGCAGCAUUGGCGUUUGUUGCUGGCAGACUGUUGGUUUGCAGCAGGCUUUUGUCGCAGCAGGCGUGUUGUUGCAGGGGCGAGGCGUGUUGUCGCAGCAGACGUGUUUGUUUAGAGGACGUGUUGGUUACAGACGUGUGUGCGUAGACGUUGUGUUGUUGCAGCAGCGUGUGUUGCAAGCAACGUCGUUUUCGGCAGCAGGCGGGUUGUUGUCAGCAGCGGGUUGUGUGCAGGAAGGCGUGUUGUCGCUGCAGGACGGUGUUACAGACUGUUGUUGCAGACGUGUUGUUGCAGCAGGCGUGUUGUUGCAAGCAGAUGUGUGUUUGCAGCAGAACGUGUUGCUGCAUGCAGCGUUAUGUUGCCUGCAGGCGCGUUGUUGGCAGCAGCUGCAGUUGUUGCAGCAGGCAGCGUGUUGUCGCAGCAGACGUGUUAUGUUACAGACGUGUUGUUACAUCGUGUUGUUGCAGACGUGUUGUUGCAGCAGCGUGGGUGUUGCAGCAGAUGUGUGUGGCAGCAGACGUGUGUGUUGCGAGCGACGUUUUUUGCAGCAGGACGUGUUAUUGCAGAGGCUGUUUGCAGCAAACUUGCUGAUGCAGCAGACGUGCUGUUGCAGCAGGCUGUUGCUGGCAGUCGUGUGGUUGCACGCCAGACGGUGUUGUCGCGCAGAUGUGUUAGUUGCAGACGUUUGUCCGCAGCAGACUGUUGUGUGCUGA